AUGAAGCCCUCACCUAUCCUCCAAGUCCUACGCUACCGCAACUUGCGCCUGACGACCAAGGACGUCGGCAAAGGCUACUACAAGGGCACGCGCACUGGGUCUAUGGGUCGCCACACCAAGUAUGGUGGUUACGUGAUUGAGUGGCACAAGGUGCGCACGUAUGUGUGUCCGUCGCUGGACGGCUUCAAACUCACCCCGUUCGUCUCGCGCAAGAUCCCGCCCACGCGCGGCCAGUACUCCGGUGAUCAGCUUGGCCCGAAGAACCCAGAGAGGUAUCUGCAGCGGUGGAAGUCGGAGAACGGUCUCGACUAA